CGGCUUUCUCCACCGGCUGGUACACACGGCCUGAUUUCCUCAGGUCCUGAAGACUGCGGCGAGGCAGGAUGGGCCGGAGAGCAGAGCCGCGGUGUCUGCGGAGCGAGUGAAGAGCGGCGAGUAGUUGCCGGGUCCGGCGCCCGGAGCUACGCACGGGCGGUGGGUGCUCAGGUCCUGACUCCCGACAGGCACAGACGGCAGAGCCCCCGCCUUAGAACGCAUCUCCGGGCUACCGCCAUCACGUCGUUUUGUCCUCUGAGGUCCCCAGGGCCGGACCUGAGCUCCCACCGACGCCACCCUGAGCCCAGUGCACUCGCAGGCCUCCUCUCCAAUGAUUCAGAAGUCACGCCCGGCGCUGCUGCAGCCUCAGGAUGUCGGAGACAGAGUGGAAACGCUUAUGUUGCAUCCAGUGAUCAAAGCUUUCCUGUGUGGCUCCAUCAGUGGUACUUGCUCUACCCUCCUUUUCCAACCUCUGGAUCUCCUGAAAACACGCUUGCAGACUCUCCAGCCCUCCGCCCACGGAUCCAGACGUGUCGGGAUGCUGGCUCUGCUCUUGAAGGUGGUUCGCACGGAGAGUCUUCUGGGCCUCUGGAAAGGGAUGUCCCCUUCCAUUGUGAGGUGUGUUCCUGGCGUUGGAAUCUACUUUGGCACUCUCUACUCUUUGAAGCAGUACUUCCUGCGAGGCCAUCCCCCCACUGCCCUGGAGUCGGUCAUACUAGGGGUGGGCUCUCGCUCAGUUGCAGGGGUCUGCAUGUCGCCUAUCACUGUGAUCAAGACACGUUACGAGAGUGGGAGGUAUGGCUAUGAGAGCAUCUACGCAGCCCUGAGGAGCAUCUAUCGCAACGAGGGGCACCGGGGCCUCUUCAGCGGCCUGACAGCGACACUCCUUCGUGAUGCACCCUUUUCUGGAAUCUACCUGAUGUUUUACAACCAGACCAAAAACAUUGUGCUCCACGACCGGUUGGAUGUAGCCUUUAUUCCUGUUGUAAAUUUCAGCUGUGGGAUAUUUGCUGGUAUUCUGGCCUCACUGGUAACUCAACCUGCAGAUGUUAUCAAAACUCAUAUGCAGCUCUCCCCAGUGAAAUUUCGGUGGAUUGGCCAGGCAGUGACACUCAUUUUCAAAGACUAUGGGCUGCGUGGCUUCUUCCAAGGUGGCGUCCCCCGGGCCCUCCGCAGAACUCUGAUGGCAGCCAUGGCGUGGACAGUCUAUGAAGAGAUGAUGGCCAAGAUGGGCCUGAAGUCCUGACCCAGUACCUUCCUAGAGGGAACUGGGAAAAGAUGGGAUCCGUUGCCCUGCCUGGUUUGGGCCAUAGGCUGCCUCCUCUCACGAUCCUGAAGUAAGAUGAAGUCCUAUCUGGAAAGCGAGGCAGAUAUGUCACCCUGUUACUCAGUUCAAGUAGAGAAUAGAUGAGCCUGACUCAAGCCUUCAGAAUCUCCCCAAAGAGGAGUCAACUGAUACACACAGCACUUUGGGGAGUUAGGAAAAGGGUUUGCAUACCCUGCAAGGCUACUUGAAAAGGCAUUUCCAGAGAGAGCCCUGCCAGGUGGCUCCACCUCAGCCACCCUCCUGUACCACGGUGCCUCUUUGGGUCUGUUCCUGGGCAAGGAAUCACAGAGCCAGAGCUGUGGGCUGCCUGCUGUGGCCGAGGAGCUCCAGCAGGGAACGCUGGAUCUUCAGAGAAAGGAGUGACUGUUACCAGGCUGAAGUCUGCAUCUGAGGUGAUGUGAGGAUGAGGAAGAUAAGAUGUCACUACUUAACUGGUUCCUAAUCAACUUCUCAGAGGCUCUGGAGAAGGGGGGACAGUGGCUUCCUAGCCUCUUAAGUGUCCAAAUUAAAUUGUUUGAUCUUGGCCCCAGCACUGUCUCAACUCUAAGUUGUUCUGGCAUUUUUCUGCAGCAAAAGUUCAGAUAAAUAAAGUGAAGCACUUUAUCAUUGAAAA